CUGCUGGAGUAAAUCGACGGGUCAGGCGGCGUCUGUGGAGGGAAUAGAUAGGAGAUCGUUCGGGUACCCCUGGUCGGACUGAUUGUAGUGGAGGGAAGAAAGCCGGAAAAGAUCUGACUUGUGACUGGUGGACAGGGAAAGUCAGAAGAUUUCCAUCAGACUGCAGAAUUGUGAUUUUCAUUAAUGAAAGAGUAAAGGCCAUUAGAGGGACAAUGUCACCAGCAUAUUUGUUCGGAUGAAAUGGUACUGCUCUCAUCCAGAGAUGGACCAAUAUUCGCACAUCCUACUGCUACCAUCAACAGUGGCCUUCGUUGGCGGACUAGUUUUUGGGUAUGAAUUGGGAAUCAUCUCUGGUGCUUUACUGCAGCUUCAGGAGGUCUUCAGCCUCAGCUGCUUGCAGCAAGAAAUCGUGGUCAGCGCUCUUCUGAUUGGAGCCUUCUUGGCCUCACUAGUUGGAGGGGUAGUUAUCGAUUACUAUGGACGGAAAAACUCGAUAGUUCUGAGCGUGGGAUUGGUGUGUGUGGGAAGCAGCAUCCUCCUACUGUCUUCCUCGUUCGCCCUGGUAGUGUGUGGUCGGAUAACCAUUGGAUUCGCCUUGUCCAUUUCCUCCACCGCCUGUUGCAUAUUUGUCUCUGAGAUGGUCUGGCCCCAGAAGAGGGGGAUGAUGGUGUCGCUUUAUGAGGUGGGGAUUACAGUUGGCAUCUUGAGUGCCUAUGCACUAAAUUACCUGUGGUCAGAUGUACGACAUGGAUGGAAGUACAUGUUUGGCUUGGCCAUCGUGCCCGCUAUUCUGCAGGGAAUCUGCAUUUUCUUCCUUCCCGCGAGCUCCCAGAGGGUCAAUAGCCAAACGGACGAGUCCGAGAAAGUGCUGUUGCAGUUACAGAACGGGGAGCACGACGUCCCUGAGUCAGAGGAGGUGACCUCAACUCAAGGGUCCCAACGCCAGUAUAAAUUCCUUGAUAUGUUUCGGGCUAGGGAUAACAUGAGGGGUCGAUUACUGGUGGCAUUGGGUCUGGUGCUCUCGCAGCAGCUGACAGGCCAACCCAAUGUGCUAUAUUAUGCCUCAACCAUCUUUAAAUCUGUGGGAUUUCAGAGUAAUUCUUCAGCAGUGCUGGCUUCAGUAGGACUGGGAGUAGUAAAAGUCAUGACGACUUUGGUGGCUAUGGUAUGUGCUGACAAAGUUGGGAGACGGACACUGCUCAUUGGUGGCUGUUUAGUUAUGUCCAUCUCCGUCACUGUGAUUGCAUUCACCAGCCAAAGCAUCACAACAGAAUUCCACAACGCCUGUAAGACCAAAACACACAGCAAUGGAUCACUUCACCUAGUUAACUCCAGUGGAUCUGUCUCCAAGCCAACAUUCACCAGUGAAAGGCUACUGAACAAGAGUCAAAUGUCAUCCUUAUCCACCCAGGGCAAACAACAUUUAACCAUUGACGAGCAGAAAAAUAACAGUGAGGCGACAAUUGAAUUUCACAGUGUUACCGACUUAUUAAGCACUCCAAGUACUUUGGAUAAAAGACUCCAUUCAAGAAAAACCAGGAGUCAUGGCAUACAAAUUCCAGGAAAGACUAUUCAGACUUCUAAACAGUUGGUUUUAAAUUGGAUUACACUGCUUGGCAUGAUGGCCUAUGUCAGCGCUUAUUCAAUUGGAUUUGGUCCAAUGACCUGGUUGGUUCUGAGUGAAAUAUUCCCCACCGGAAUAAGAGGCCGAGCAUUUGCAUUCUCCAGUAGCUUCAACUGGGCGGCAAACCUAGUUGUCACAGUGACGUUCCUAGAUGUUAUUGAUUCCAUUGGACUCGCUGGGACGUUCCUAUUCUAUGGAUUGGUGGGAUUUGCUUCAGUUGCUUUUAUAAGUCUUUGCCUUCCUGAGACAAAGGGACAAUCACUGGAUGAGAUUGAUAAACUGUUCUCUGCUAGAAGAUUUUCAGAAUUGAGAUGCGGCUGUCUGAGGUCUGGUGGAAGAGGAACAUCUGCGGGCCGUUAUCAUCGAGCCGGCAGCUUGGUCUUCUAGACCUCACACUGAUAGUGGAUGGACCCAUACAUUGUAACACCAACCUGAACAAUUCUUUAAUUUAGAAUGCUGGACCCAGAAUUUGGACUGAGUAUGUUGGUUGUGAUGUGUGGAUCAGUGCUAAUUGGCUGGGAUGGUCAGGAAACCCAAAAGGUUGGGAUGUCCUGCAGAAUUUGAUGUUAAGGUUGAAAGGUCUGACUGACAGGUUGGAGGCCUUUCAGAUGGGAAGUAGUCCGAGAGAGCACGUUCAUUAACGGGGUGGGUGGGAAGUCCAGAAGGGAUGUGGGUGGCGUUGUGGUAACGGGAAUGCUUCCACUGCUGGUUUAGGAUCAAGGAGAUUAAUUUUGUGGUAUCUAUGCCUCUCAAGUGGGAACAGAAGGAUGGUUUAGUAAUGGUCAAGGUUGAGUUUAGUUUAGAGAUACAGCAUGGAUACAGGCCCUUCGGCCCAACGAGUCCACACUGGCUGUUGAUCACCCAUGCACACUAGUUGUACGUUAUGCCAAUGCAUUCUAAGAGCAAUUUUUAAAGAGGCCCAUUAACCUACAGCCCAUACGUCUUUGGGAUGUGGGAGGUAACCGGAGCACCUGGAGGA